AUGGAAUACGCCAGCUUUGUGAAGGAUUUGCGGAGGGAAUCUUACAACAGCACCGCCUCUCCCCCAGACACGCAAUACGCAAAGGAAUUUGAAGAGCAAAUGCAAGCCCUGGUUAUUAACUUCGAUGUCGACGAUCCAUAUCUGGAACAGCAGCAUCAGUACUCUAUCACAAGCACACCACUGCAAUCCGGAAGUGGGUUGAAAUGGAAAACCCAAAGAAAAGCGAUCUGUACUACAAUAUUCGACGAAACAGAGCAGGUAGAAGUACCGAAAAAGAAAAAGGCUUUGGAGAUUGUACAAAACAGUAGCGAAGAUCUUGAGUUCCAGCGCUCGUUUGACUCGAGCGAAGGCAUUUCGCUGCGUUUCGAUUCGUCUAGUUCGAGCGAUGAUAUUCCGGAUUUAAUGGCAUGCAAUGAAUUAAUAGCUGACCCCUCAUCAUCGCACAGUACAUACGCAGGGGAAGACCACGUUCAACGUCGCGCGUAUACAUCUUUCCCGUUUGAAGCCAUCCAAGGAGAAGACUCGUUGCUUGAACCGUCUGCUGAUAUUUCGCCGAACGAUAGAACGAAGUUUCCAACCAAAUGUUUAUGUACUCCUGCGAAGCGAACGUAUGAUGAGGCUAACAGUUAG